CAGCAACUGGAAUUUCCACCUCGUCGUUACUCGGACAGUUGAUGAUGGCUCCAAGCAGGGGCAAAUCCUUCAAUUCGAGCCUCUUCCACUAUGGACGCAUUUAUAUCUCGCAAAAGACUGCGCGUCUCGCCGCCACGCAAGCCUGAGACUGUGGCUAUAACCUCGUCAACACCGCCGUUCACGUCUACCGACGAGGACGAAUCAACAGACGUCAAGCUCGCGAUCCUCUCCUCCCUCCAUCCUGAACGAUGUCAAGAUGAUCUUCUCGAGGUCCUGCUCAGCCACGACGGCUCCGUCUGCCUCGCCCUCGAAUCUCUGUCCUCGUACUCCUCCCCUCCACCAAAGCGCAGACUCACCACAGCUGGCCAGCAAAGCGCCCUGCCCUUCUCAGCUACAACGAACAAAAGCCCAUCCAAACACCCCUUGACGAGAAAAGGCAAAACCCUACACCUUUACAGCCCUGCCGACAUUGCCCAGCACACACCCUGUUCCAUCAUCCACAACUUCCUCCCACCCAACCUCGCGGAGUCCCUCCUGCAAGAACUCCUAGCCGAAGUACCCAGCUACGAAUCCAUCUCCUUCAAGAUCUUUGACCAGGUCGUCAAAUCCCCACACACAGCCUGCUUCUACGUCGACUCCUUGUCCGACCUUGCCCGCCAACGCUCCGAGUACUACUACAACGGUAACGAUUUGGGCGACAUCCGACAGAUCCUCCCCGUCAUGCGGCAAGUCAGCACUCUCGUCCGAAAUGCCGUCAACCUCGAAAUCGCCACGCGCAUCCAAGAUUUCUACCCCGAAGGCAAGAAACUGAAAUAUCAAUCCCCUCAAACGUGGCAACCCAACGCGGCGUUCGUCAACUGCUACGACGGUGGCGCGCAGCACGUAGGCUACCACUCCGACCAGCUCUCGUAUCUGGGCCCGCGAGCCGUGAUAGGCAGUCUGAGUCUCGGCGUGGAAAGGGAAUUUCGCGUGCGCAAGAUCGUGCCGAAAGACGACGACGACUCGAGAGGAGAUGCCGCCGCCGCCACCGCCUCCGACGUGUCCGGUCAAAUUGCGAUCCACCUGCCUCACAACUCGCUGCUGGUCAUGCACGCCGAGAUGCAGGAGGAGUGGAAACACAGCAUCGCGCCGGCGCAGACGGUCACGCCGCAUCCCCUCGCCGGCAACAAGAGGAUCAACAUCACGUACCGCUGGUACCGGGAGGAGUUUCGCCCCAAGUAUACGCCCAAAUGUCGGUGCGGCGUGCCGUGUGUGCUGAAGACGGUGCAGAAGCAGAAGGUCAAUCGUGGACGGUAUAUGUGGAUGUGUCAGGUCGGGAGUAAGCCUGGCGCUGGCGAGGGCUGUGGGUGGUUCGAGUGGGCGAGGUUUACAGAUGACGGGGUGCCCGUGGGCUGGAAGGGACCAGAGAAAGCGAAAGAGGAUGUCGAGUCUAGAGAGGGAACUCGAGAUGAAAAGGAUGCAAAGUCAAGAACGUCUGAAUGCGGUGCUGAGAACGCUGCGGGUGCCCCGAAAGCCUGACCGCGAUAUAGGCGAAGCGAAGGCGCUGAGGAACGAUGGCACGACUGAUGUGUGGAAUGAAUUAUGAAAGGAUAUGAAUCUUGAGAGCCACUACGCCACUAUUGUU